UGGUAGGGUCUGAGGUGACGUGCGCAUUUUGCCGCGAAAAGUCGUUGCAGCGUCGAGUCUCUGUGUGUUUACGGCGAAACUUUGUCCUCAAAUCGGCGGAUUUUCACCCCAAAUUUCUCCCCAUGGCGGCGCAGAACCGAGUACUGAUCCAGGGAGGCAAAGUGGUCAACGAUGACUGCUCCUUCGACGCAGACGUGUACGUGGAAGAUGGAGUCAUCUCCCAGAUAGGCAAAAACCUCCAGCUCCCAGGAGGAGUCAAGGUCAUCGAUGCUAAGGAGAAGCUGGUCAUCCCCGGGGGUAUCGACACCCAUACCCACAUGCAGAUGCCUUUCAUGGGCACAGUAGCAGUGGACGACUUCUACACUGGCACUAAGGCUGCGUUAGCUGGAGGUACCACCAUGAUUCUGGACUUCAUCAUUCCCAAACGGGGACAGUCUCUACUGGAGGCGUAUGACCAGUGGAAGGCAUGGGCCGAACCAAAGGUUUGUUGUGAUUACUCGUUCCACAUGGCGGUGACCUGGUGGAAUGACAAGGUUGGGGAAGAAAUGGAGACAAUUACCAAGGAGAGAGGCAUAAACUCCUUCAAGAUGUUCAUGGCAUACAAAGACGUGAUGAUGCUGACUGAUGCUGAGAUCUACCAGGUGUUCUGCCGCUGCAAAGAGAUAGGGGGCCUCGCUCAGGUGCAUGCAGAGAACGGGGACCUCAUAGACGAGUGUUCUAAGAAGCUGAUAGCUCUGGGCAUCACCGGUCCUGAGGGACAUGCCAUGUGCCGGCCGGAGGAGGUGGAGGGAGAGGCGACAAACCGCGCCGUCACUAUCGCUAACAGGGCUAACUGUCCGCUCUACGUGGUACAUGUCAUGAGCAAGUCUGCAGCAGAUGUCGUUUCUGAUGCCAGGAAACAAGGCAAAGUUGUGUUUGGUGAGCCCAUCGCUGCCGGCCUGGGUGUGGACGGUACCAACUACUGGGACAAGGACUGGCGGCACGCAGCCGGCUACGUCAUGGGACCGCCCCUCCGAGAGGACACUACCACCCCCGCGUACCUAAUGGACCUGCUCGCCAAUGGUGAUCUGACCUGUGUUGGCACGGACAACUGCACCUUCAACGCCAACCAGAAGGCGCUGGGGAAAGACGACUUCCGUAAGAUCCCCAACGGGGUGAACGGUGUGGAGGACCGUAUGUCCAUCGUGUGGGAGAAGGGCGUGCACUCCGGCAAGCUGGAUGAGAACAAGUUUGUGGCGGUGACGAGCACAAAUGCCGCUAAAGUCUUCAACCUCUACCCCAGGAAGGGUCGUAUUGCUGUAGGAUCAGAUGCAGACAUCGUGGUGUGGGACCCGCAGGCGACAAGGAAGAUCUCAGCCGCAACUCACCACCAGGCCGUCGACUUCAACAUCUUUGAGGGCCAGGUGUGUCACGGCGUCCCUGUCUAUGUCAUCAGCGGUGGCAAGGUGGUGGUGGAGGAUGGCGGACAUGUCAUGGUCACACAGGGUGCCGGCAAAUAUAUCCCAAGAAAGCCGUUCAGUGACUACGUGUACAAGAGGAUUAAGGUGCGUGACGGUCUGCUCCAACCCAAGGCUGUGGAGAGGGAACCGUACAAGGGACCAGUCAUAGACCUCAACGCUCAGCCACAGGAGGAGCCCAAGCGCGUCGCCCCGUCCAUCGCUGCGGAGUUUGAAAACCGCCCAAUCAGCAGUCGGCACGGCCACCGCGACCUUCACGCGUCCGGGUUCAGUCUGUCCGGGCGACAGGUGGACGACAACAUGGGCAACACACCGCACAAGCGCGUCCUGGCUCCCCCCGGUGGAGCCUCCAGUAUCCAGUUCUAAACUGGCCAACCCCUUUGGGAGCCCCGACUUUUUAGUUCUGAACUUCCGGUCACAAUUUUGUGGCAAUUUUAGUCCUCUGUUAGUUUCUUUCUUAUCAUGUUUGAAUUUUGUAAGCUAAGUUUUUUUUAUGAGAUGCAUUCCAUUUGUAUAAGCUUCUCAACGAUAAUUUGCCACUAUGUAAUUUAGGUUCACAGCACACAUGUAGCUGAGAAGUAAAUGACAGAAGUUGUGCUUCUCAAUGUUACAGGUUUUUAUGAUCAUUUUCAAGUUAAUGCUGACAAUUACUUUAUACAAAAAACUGCUGACGUGUCACAAUA